AUGAGUCUGUUCCAGUGGAAAGUGGGUGAGAACUACGUCGAUGUGCUGAGUUCGUGUCCGUUCACUAUUCAGUCCUGCCAAUCAGCUGAUUUUUUGAAUUUGGGUAUGCCACAGCAAUCAUUUCCACUUCACGCAAGACGCCAAUGGUAUGUGGCGGGCAAAUAUAUAGCAACGCUCUGGGCCUUGGAUACGGGAAGAUCCUACCUUGUUAAUGUCGUGGUAUCAAACGAGGAUGCCUCUGUGCCUGGCGCUGAUUCAGUGGACUGCAACGGCAGUGGAAGCAGUGUGGCCGCAGCGUUGGAGUCUACGGUUCUUGUGAAGUUACCCCAAAACAACGGGCCACUGGCGUUGUGCUCAGCACAUGCCAUUUUGGAUGUGCGACUUCUCUACCGGGAUGACUUCCUAAACUGUGUAUUGUCUCAAAGCGGCGAUUUUAUGUUUGUUGAACAGUCUGGAAUGGCGAAACCGACCUUGCUGCACCUUUUGUUUUACCACUCUCUUUUUGCCCUUCCGUAUGAAGUGAAUGGAAAGCCUAUAUAUUUGCUUCCAAACGGCGCCACAGGGCGCUUUUGUUUGGACUUGACGCAGGAGAACGUUGCUUGGCGAGGCAGUAGAAAGGUGCGGCGACUCAUGUCGUGUGAUCGCUUUGUGGUGGCUGUGAAUCGAGACAUUCGAGACUCGCUUUGUUUGGCACGGGAAUACCAUAUAAAGCAAAAGGGAUCGACAUGGAUAGGCGUCAGCUAUAUCGACCUUCUUGUGAAUAUGGCGAGCCAUCCUGCUUAUGGAGUGCGCAUCAUGGCGUUGGAGCUGUUGGAAAAAAAUAGUGGCAUGGUUCUUGCCGGGUGUCUGGGAUACUCCCUCGGAAGUGUGUAUCACGAUUUUACCAUGUUUACCAUGGAACGCGGGCCCGAGGGAUUUGGUAACUUCGCCACCAAACUACUGGGUGAGGCUCUGCAGCAAUGCGGGUACAAUUUCUGGUAUUGGGGGAUGCGCUUAGCCUACAUGGAGCAGUUUGAGGGGAAAUACGGCGGAAAAGUUGUUUGUAAAUCGGAGUUCAUCACGCGUUGGGGGCAGUAUCGAAAUAUACAGCCGACUUGUACGUUGGAGGCGUUUUUUCAGUCAGGGAGAGGCAUGCUGCCCUACUUUGUUCCUGUGGAGUAG